CGCAGCCUCGGUGAUCGGUCGCCGCUCGCGCGCUCAUGUCGCUGUUCUUCAAGUUCCGGAGCGCGAGCCGCGGCGGCGGCGGCGUGAGCGGUGCCAUGGAGUGCGGCGUGGCGGCGGCGGGCUUCCCGGCGCGCGCGCGCCCCGCGCCCCCCGCGCCCGCCGCGCACGCCGCGCUCUCGCCCACCGAGCGCUCGCCGGCCAAGGCGGGCCUGCACGUCAACUUCAGCGACAAAGGCGAGGUGAAGGAGCGGCGCGAGAAGUUCCUGACGGCGAAGUACGGCAGCCACCAGAUGGCGCUCAUCCGCAAGCGCCUCGCCGUCGAGAUGUGGCUCUACGACGAGCUGCAGAAGCUGUACGAGGCGCCCGUAAGUGCGGCGGCGGCGGCGGGCGCGGACAGCGCGGACGUGGAGGUGGACAUCGACGAGCUGCUGGACAUGGACAGCGACGAGCACCGCCGGCGCCAUCUCACGAUGUUACUAGCCGAUGCCAAGAAGCCCCAAAAAGAUGUACAUAAAUUUAUCAACGAUUUAUUAGAAAAAGCUAAAACUCUAUAAGAAAGUAAGUAAUCGCUAACGGAACCAAAUCUCAUGGAACUGUGGGAGCGGCCGCGCGGCGCGCAACCGCAACCGCAGCCGCAGCCGCUGGCGUUUAGUCGAGUGCGGCGAGCGACGCACGCCGCCGCGGCGAGGGCGGCCGCUAGUCGCUUAGAGAAUAAUAUUAUUGUAAGGUUUGUUAGUGACGGCUGGCGCUGGUAACAGCGAGUGCAAUAAACAUAUCAGCAUUGUUACGCGCAUCGGUUUGUUGUCAAGUAUUGAAUGUUAGGAAGCCGAUCCACUGAACUGUGGCGCGCGUGCGGACAGUACGCCCAGUUCGCAUCCCGAGUUAGUUAACUACUAAUUAUUUGAAAAUCUCGGAGAAGAAACUGGAUGUGUAUGCAUUUAGUAAAUAAUGAACUGUUACCGAUACGAACUGGAGUCACACCUGGUGGUAGGUGACUGAAAAGCUGUAAUUAGUAUACAUAUAUAAGUGUGUAGUUAUAUUUUAUACUUUCUAAAUCUCCGUUUAAUUUGGACGGCCGUCUACGUUCCCCGGCGCCCAGCGUCAACACCUGACGGCCUAUCUACGUUCCCCGGCGCCCGGCGUCAACACCUGACGGCCUAUCUACGUUCCCCGGCGCCCGGCGUCAACACCUGACGGCCUAUCUACGUUCCCCGGCGCCCGGCGUCAACACCUGACGGCCUAUCUACGUUCCCCGGCGCCCGGCGUCAACACCUGACGGCCUAUCUACGUUCCCCGGCGCCCGGCGUCAACACCUGACGGCCUAUCUACGUUCCCCGGCGCCCGGCGUCAACACCUGACGGCCUAUCUACGUUCCCCGGCGCCCGGCGUCAACACCUAACGGCCUAUCUACGUUCCCCGGCGCCCGGCGUCAACACCUGACGGCCUAUCUACGUUCCCCGGCGCCCGGCGUCAACACCUGACGGCCUAUCUACGUUCCCCGGCGCCCGGCGUCAACACCUGACGGCCUAUCUACGUUCCCCGGCGCCCGGCGUCAACACCUGACGGCCUAUCUACGUUCCCCGGCGCCCGGCGUCAACACCUAACGGCCUAUCUACGUUCCCCGGCGCCCGGCGUCAACACCUGACGGCCUAUCUACGUUCCCCGGCGCCCGGCGUCAACACCUGACGGCCUAUCUACGUUCCCCGGCGCCCGGCGUCAACACCUGACGGCCUAUCUACGUUCCCCGGCGCCCGGCGUCAACACCUGACGGCCUAUCUACGUUCCCCGGCGCCCGGCGUCAACACCUGACGGCCUAUCUACGUUCCCCGGCGCCCGGCGUCAACACCUGACGGCCUAUCUACGUUCCCCGGCGCCCGGCGUCAACACCUGACGGCCUAUCUACGUUCCCCGGCGCCCGGCGUCAACACCUGACGGCCUAUCUACGUUCCCCGGCGCCCGGCGUCAACACCUGACGGCCUAUCUACGUUCCCCGGCGCCCGGCGUCAACACCUAACGGCCUAUCUACGUUCCCCGGCGCCCGGCGUCAACACCUGACGGCCUAUCUACGUUCCCCGGCGCCCGGCGUCAACACCUGACGGCCUAUCUACGUUCCCCGGCGCCCGGCGUCAACACCUGACGGCCUAUCUACGUUCCCCGGCGCCCGGCGUCAACACCUGACGGCCUAUCUACGUUCCCCGGCGCCCGGCGUCAACACCUGACGGCCUAUCUACGUUCCCCGGCGCCCGGCGUCAACACCUGACGGCCUAUCUACGUUCCCCGGCGCCCGGCGUCAACACCUGACGGCCUAUCUACGUUCCCCGGCGCCCGGCGUCAACACCUGACGGCCUAUCUACGUUCCCCGGCGCCCGGCGUCAACACCUGACGGCC